AGACGAUGCAAAGUACGGACGUGAGCACUGCGCCGCGCCUGCUGCGCGUGCAAGUUGCCCGCGUCGUCAACGCGCCCCGCCCUUCGUUUAUCGCGGCGCUCCCGCACAAGCUCUCGGUGACCACAAAGCUGCUUGGCGAUGAGUCAACCGAGCACGUCACGCCGCCUCUGAGCGCCGGACCUACGACGGGCUCGGUCGCAUGGGCCCGUGAGGUCUAUGUCUUUGAGCUAACAAAAGCCGAGAUGCACGACCGCCUCCUCGAGGUGACACUUGUCGAGUCCAACGGCUUUGGGAUGCGCAACAUCGUUGGGCGUGCCAGCGUCCCCUUGUCGACAUACGAAGCCGAUCGAAGCCAAGUGCACGAGAUCAAGGUUGCAGUGGAGCACGGCAUGCGCAUUGUGCUGCACAUCGAUGUCUGGGAUUCAGGUGACUCCCACGGCGCCCGACGCCUUCCGGACCCUAAGGCACCUUAUACAUAUUAA